CUUGCCGGAUCUAAUCCAAUUCUGAACUAAACCGGAUCCAUUAAAAAUCUGUUUUCUAAAUUCUUCUUUCCACUUCUGAAACGUAUCAGAACUGAAUCCAUCUCCUUCUCAUUACCAAUUACCAAGAUCUGAAACUCAACACAUUCCCCGAUCCCACUUUAAAUUGAAUAAACCCUAAAGCUUCUUAUCUCUUCUUUCUUUCUUAUUGAUCUCUUAUUGAUCCAAGGUAAAUCUAAUUGGUAAUACGAAUCGUAGUUUCUCCUUCCGUCCCUUUUUCUAGUUCUAUUUUUUUUUUUUUGUUAGAUUUUGUUUGAGCAGAACUUAUGGUGGUUGUUGUGGCGCCGUGAUUCCGAACACGCACGGUGGUGGUGCCACUGCUGCGCUUGUGGAUGUGGUGGGGUUUGCUGGAGAUUAAGAUUGAGGUCAGGGCAUUGGAAACUUUGUUGUUGUUACAAGGAUUUGACAAUGUCAAUGGCAAGCGAAUCAAGUUGGGUGGGGAGGAAGCCAGUGAAACGCAUUGGGGGAAUGUCCGAUGCUCUAUCAAUUGCUGCUGAUCUUGGUUUCUCCGUGUCCACUCCCCCAUCCCAGGAAGGACUUCAGAGUUCAUCCCCCACAACUGGGGAAAAGGGCGAGGACUUGAUCAGGGUUUUGAGAGAACUAACUACUGUCCAAAGAAAAAUAGCAGACUUGCAAGUUGAACUUCAAGGUCGAAAGGAUGACAAAAAUGUUGCACAUUUGACUCAUGUGAGUGAAAUGGAAAAGAAGAUCGAGACAUUGGACAGGAUUACUACUAUACUCAAAGAUGUUAUUCAGAACAAGGACCGCAUUAUAGCUCGCUUGCAGCAGCCAUAUUCCCUUGAUUGCAUUCCUGUUGAAGCAGAAUAUCAGAAACAAUUCUCUGAACUACUGAUGAAGGCAGCUAGUGAUUAUGGUGCUUUGACAGCUUCAGUGGCAGAUUUUCAGUGGAGUCAGAAUUUCAAAGAACCUCCUUCAGUGUGGGGGGAAAUGCUUCGACCCAUUCCUGUAGCUUUGGCAUCUUGCACUCGGUUCUUUGAAGCCAUGUCUGCCACAAGAGAGUCAUUUGCAACACUUCAAAAACUGAGAGUGGGCCAUUUUGAUUCCCCUCUACCUAGGACACCGGCGGGUGAUCCUUCCCAAAGGGUACCGGGAGUUUCUGAUUGUUUAACCCCACCUCCAUGGAAAACUGAAGCAAAUUAUGACGACUUAGGAAUCAGAAACCAAAGGAGGCAACACCUGGAUCAGGUGGAAGAUGCUAGGUAACUGAGAUCCAUCAGAAUAUUUGUACAAGCGCAAGGAUCUUGUCUUUUUCUUCCCUCAGUGAAAGAAGAAUGUUACGUAGAUAUCUAACAUACUGUGUACGUAUCUUGUGUGAUAUAAUACUCAAUUGCUUUUGCAAAUCAAUUACUCGUCAUUGUUGUUUAAGAAUUAUAUAUUUUCCGGUCAUGGGAAAUUGUGUCACAACUAAUGUGUGAAAUUCUCUUAUAAAUUCAGUGCUUCAUAGAAAAGUUAAAUUCAGUUGA